UCCCUUUUUUGGAGGGGAAAGAAAUUGCUGGUACACCGGUCAUCAUGCUUUCUGAAAAAUGUCAAACCCAGUGUAGAAAUAACGCUGCCGUUGAGACAUAUUGAAGGUUUUUGUUUUAACAGUCAUUGUCAUGCUAAUGUUGGAUGUUUUCUCUUGUAGCUAGCUAGUGAUUUACACAGGAACAAUGGCCCGAGUUGUGAAAGUGUUACGGACUCUACGAAAUCACUGGAAAAAAUCGACUUUUGCUGUAUGUGUCCUGUCUUAUGGUGGACACUGGUUAUACGGAAAGCACUGUGACAAUGUACUGCGAAGAGAGGCAUGUCAGGAGGCUAGGAAAUUUGGCCAGAAAUUAGUUGGACCCCAGGAGUCACUGCAGAAAGCCACAGUAAUCCUGAAUCCUGCGGCAUGCAAAGGAAAGGCUAACAAUCUGUUUGAAAAGAACGCAGCCCCUAUUCUACAUCUUGCUGGCAUUGAGGUUAAAGUUAUAAAGACAGAUUAUGAAGGGCAAGCCAAAAAGCUAAUGGAUCUGAUGGAACAGACGGACAUGUUGAUUGUUGCUGGGGGUGAUGGAACCCUGCAGGAGGUGAUAACUGGCUUGCUGCGCAGACCUGAUGAGGAAGCGUUCAGUAAAACUCCCAUUGGCUUCAUUCCUCUGGGCUCUCAGAACUCCUUGAGCCAAAGUCUGCAUAUAGUUACUGAUGACAAAGUAAAAUGCAUCACGUCAGCAACGCUGUCUAUUCUGAAAGGGGAGACGGUGCCACUGGAUGUCCUUCAGAUAAAGAGUGAGAAGGAGCAGCCUGUCUUUGCUCUUUUAAGUUUACGCUGGGGUUCCUUCCGAGAUGUUGCGACAUCCAUUAGCAAAUAUUGGUAUCUUGGACCUUUAAAAACAAGAGCAGCACACUGGUUUAGUACACUAAGGGAAUGGCCACAGAUGCAUCAUGCUUCUGUCUCGUACCUGCCUCCCAUCCCUCGACCCCCAGACCUGCCCGAUGUGAAGCCCGUGAGACCCAGUCUGCUCUAUCGCAUCUAUCGGAGACUUAAAAACUACUGGACGCCUCCUCCAGAAGAGCCGCAAGUAGAGGCAGAACCAGAGCGCUGGGAGGAUAAGCAGAUCUCUACAAUGGAGCUCACAAUCAGCACACAGAACAGGAAUCCGGUGAAAAGACGGACAGAUGAUUCCCUGGUGCUCUCUGUGGAGCCAGACACACUUACAGUUGGACAGUUCAUCACAGAAGGGAUUAAAAAAGCUGAAAACCCAUUGGAGUGCACAGAGAAGGCACUUCAGAUAGAGGCAAGCGUAUGUCGGCUCAGUUUGCCCCAGGAGGGCGCUGGCUUUUUUGACGUUGACAAUGAAGAGUUUGAGGCAAUGCCAGUGGAAGUGAAGCUUUUGCCAAGGAAACUGAGGUUCUUUUGCAGCUCCGAACGCAGAGACCAGCUGGCACAGAUGAACUGACCAAGAUGCUGAAGGUGCUGAAACGCACAGUGUGGAAGGUUCAGAGAUCUGCUCUCUAAUUUAUUGGACUUUUAGCCAUGUAUCACAAACUUUUUCUGCCUGGGUGCUAAUUACACAGCAUCAGAGCCAUAUUAUGACAGUAUAGUGUCAUGUUACUUAAAUCUGGAUUUGAUGGUUGAAUGUUUUCAAUGGAUUCUAUGGCUAAAAAAAAUGACUAAUGUAUGUUAGAGAACACAAACGCCUCCAAGCUCAGUUAAAAAAGUGUGCUUCAGUACACAUAGCACCAGGAAGCUGUAUGUGCAAUGUUUGCUUUGCUGGACAUGAGUGUGAUGGUAUGAAGGAAGGAAGAGGACGCAACACCGUUGAGCUUCCUUAACAUACAAACCGUGUUGCUUACAUGUGGACCAAGGACCAGGCAUAAAUGAACCAUUAUUCCAACUGAUUAUGUAAGAGAAGUUCCAUUAAAAAACAUAACUACAAACAUGA